AUGGCGAUUACACCCACCCAGUUCGCGCAGCGGACGCGGCAAUCCGUCAACUGGAACGAUGCGAAGCGACGAGUUCUCUGUGCCUACCGGGACUGGCUCCGUGCUGCUCCCGAGAUCCAGACGAUGUACAACGUUCCGCUCCCCGUUUCGGUCAUCAGGACACGAAUGAGACAGGAAUUCGAGCGACACCGCUACGUCAACAAGCUGCCUGUUAUCGAUGUCCUCCUCUUCCAGAGCGCUGCCGACUACCAGGAGACGAUGAACUUCUGGCGCCAGACCACUCAUAUCAUGUCGUACUUCAAGGAGGAGAACUUCCGCGGCGACAAGAGGUUACCCGCAAACUUCAUGGAGGGCUUCCUGGAGGGAAAGGGCCGGAAUUAG